CCCGCUCUGCUCUGCUGACUGCUGCUCCCCGCAUUGGGCUCGGUUGCUGGAAAGCCGGCGGUUUCCGUGUGAUUUGGCGUGUUUUUCCUGCUGUUCUAGGCGUAAAGUUUCGAUUUUUACGAGAAGUUACAGGCGAAUUCUGGUGCUGGAUCGGUGAUUUGGCGUGGGUUAGCUGGUGUGCGUGGUGGUGGCUGGAUCGAGUCGGGAAUGCGCUCAGGUUAGCGAUUGGGAUGGGGCGGUUUGGUCAGAGUUUGACUUGUCGCCAGCUGCCCCUGUGGACUUCAUCCGCUGUCUUUUGUAGAAGUCACCUGAUUUGGACAUGUAGAUCACCUACUUCGACACAGUUGCUGAAUUGCACAACCAAUUUGGAAAGCUUGCAAAUUUUAAGAGGUUUUUGAAGGCUUAGGUGGUGUUUGUUUAAUCUUAGUAGCUGGCAUAAGAACGGAUCAUGACUAAAUCACAUACUAGUUGGAUAUGUGCCAGAACAACCAUCGGCUUGCUGGAGUGGAAUGCUUGUUUACAGGCCCAAAUCUUGGAAGGUAUCAGUUGCCUGAAAUUUCAUCAGACGCUGGUGUAGCAGCUUUGUAUAACCAUUAUCAGAGUUUGAUGGUAAUGAUCUUUAGAUGAUCUGAAGAUGGAGAUGAGAUAACAGAUUAAAAGUACCAUAUGUGUGGCAGUGGUGUAGCAAGGAUAUGACUGUCAUGUUGCCUCAGCGCCACCGGGCUGCAGCCAAGAAGCCCAUGUGGAUAAUUGUGCUCUUAUCGAUGGUUUGUGUCAUUUUGAUUGGGGCUUAUGUGUACCCACCACGGCGCUACUCUCAAUGCUACCUCUUUGCUUCAAGAAGUGUAUGUACACCUUUCAAGGAUUGGCUCCCUGCUAUAGGCCGACGGGAGCGGACCGAUGAGGAGAUUAUUUCAUCUGUAAUUGUUAAGAAUAUCCUUUCAAUGCCCAUGCCCGUGUCAAAAAAUCCAAAGAUCGCUCUUAUGUUCUUGACACCUGGUUCAUUGCCCUUCGAGAAAUUGUGGGAGAAGUUUUUACAGGGACACGAGGGAAGAUACUCCAUCUAUGUGCACGCAUCACGUGAAAAGCCUGUGCAUUCUAGUUCUUUGUUUGUUGGUCGAGAUAUUCACAGUGACACGGUAGUAUGGGGAUUGAUUUCAAUGGUUGAUGCCGAGAAGAGACUAUUAGCGAAUGCACUGGAAGAUGUUGAUAAUCAAUUUUUUGUCUUGCUUUCUGACAGCUGUGUUCCGCUGCAUUCAUUUGAUUAUGUGUAUAAUUAUCUGAUGGGAACAAACGUUAGCUUCAUUGAUUGUUUCAAGGAUCCAGGUCCACAUGGCAGUGGAAGGUAUUCUGUUGAGAUGUUUCCUGAAAUAGAAGAGAGGGACUUUAGAAAGGGUGCCCAGUGGUUUGCAGUUACACGGAGACAUGCUUUACUGAUUCUGGCGGACAACCUUUACUACAAGAAGUUCAUGCUAUAUUGCAAGCCAGCAGAAGGGCGCAACUGCAUUGCAGACGAGCAUUAUUUGCCAACCCUAUUCAAUAUGGUAGAUCCUGGUGGAAUCGCUAAUUGGUCGGUUACACAUGUGGAUUGGUCUGAGGGAAAAUGGCAUCCAAGGUCGUACAGAGCUGCAGAUGUCACUUACGAUCUCUUAAAGAAUCUAACAGCUAUUGAUGAGAACUUCCAUGUAACAAGUGAUGACAAGAAACUUGUCAUGCAGAAGCCUUGUUCGUGGAAUGGAUCAAAGAGGCCAUGCUAUCUUUUCGCCAGGAAGUUCAAUCCUGAAACUCUUGACAACCUACUGAAGCUAUUCACCAGUUACAUAUCUGUUUGAGUCCAACCCGAUUCUUCGCCUUGUGCAUAUGGUCUCAAUCCUCACCCCCACCCCCCAAACAAGUUUUUUUCCUGUUCAUGUAUAUUGUGAAAUCAAUACUUAACAAGAAUCUGGGCCUGAAAACACCGAUUACAGCUGCAACAACCACGACAGCUUGGAGUUCUCAGUCCCGGGGAAGGGCUGCUGCAAUAUUUACAGAACAACACUGCCGUCAUUGUAAUUUUAUUGUGCUUUACGUAUGUUUCCAUGAGUCUUCCCCCCGCCCUUUCAUUAGGUACUGUCUCCUGUAGAACAGAUUUUUGUCAGACUGUUAAUACUGUCAUUAUAUGAUCCAUUCUUUGUAGACACAGAGAUAGCAAGAGAAGCACCACAUAACUUCAUAAUCUUAAAGUUUUGUUACCAAAAUCUAUUAUUAUGGAUUCUGGUGUGUACAUUC